GCCCCCUGCUCUGCUCUGUGCUGCGGUGUCUUCUCUUUAUCUCACGACUCCCUUUGUACCCGAUAAAAUUAUUCCCUCCCUCCCAUUUCCUAGUCCACCCAGCACCAAUCUCUAUCUACCAAAACCCAGUGUAUGCAGAGACCAAAAUGAAAGAAAAAAAAGAAUGUACAUGAUCUGAUUGAUUGUUCCUACUAAAAUCAAUCAAUCACAGCCCCAGUCCUCCCCCAAGUUCUUGGGCAGAGAGAAAGAGCUGCUAUGGCACAACAGGAAGAUGGGUGGCCUCUUGGGUUGCAACCACUGAAUGCAAGAGUUGGGUUGGUGAGAAAUCGUGAUCGUAAUGGUUCAAUUUCCUUCAGCACUUUGCUCACUGGUUCUCCCACUUCUGCCACUGAUUCUUCUUCGGAUCUUGAUACAGAGUCCACUGGUUCUUUCUUUCGCGACAAGAGCAUCACCCUCGGGAGCCUCAUUGGUGUUUCCAACAUCCUCGAGCUCUCAAGGAGAUCGAUGAGAGGAAGAGUACCCUCUGAAACCUCAAGAGAAAAAAGGGGUUUCAAACAGAGGCCAUGGUUGUUCUCACUAUGCUCAAAGCUAACCACCGAUGCUGUGAACAUGAACAACAACAACAACAAUAACACACCGUCCCUUGGUCACUUGCUUGAAGCAGAGAGAAGAGUUUCUGCCACUACUUACCGGAGGAAUCAGAGCCCGGUCCGUACCUAUGAGCCGGGUGAUUUUUCCCAUGUUUCGGAUCCAAACUCGCUGUUCGUUGCAGGCCAUGUCGCUCCUCCUCCAGAUCAGGCAAGUUCUUGGUUGGAUUCAAACGGUGAAAACUUGUCCAACACAAAGAUGUUUGAGCAUGGAAAUGGGUAUGGGACACCACUAUUGUUGUCAUGCUUGUGUGGACAACUUACUCAUUGAUUGAUCACUUUUCAACACAGCUUUUUGUUUUUGUUGUGGGUGUUGGAUAUCAUAUCAUGUUCUUGAAUUUGAAUACAAAUUGGAUUCUUAAUAGAGGACACUUCUCCAUCCUAUCGAA